UUCAUGCAUCUGUAGAUUUUGAACACUUUUGUUUUUCGUUUAACGAUCUUUAGCAUUUACUCCAGGACCAAAAGACCGCUUUCUACUUCUGGGAAGGGCCGUUAGCUUUGUGUAGGCUGAACUUUUCUUGUUUCUCAUUGAUUUUGGCAAUUUACAACUAGACUACUCUAUCUUGUUCCCCAUUUUUCACAGUUUAUCUGCCCAUUUUUCACAUCUCAUCCCCCAGUAUUAUGUCUGGUUCCGACGACGAAAACGCGGUCGAUGAGUACACCUCGUUGAUAGCCUCUAGACGGCCCUCGAUCAUGUUUCUCGAUACGCCUCUUGGCUCAUUCAAAGGCCCUAACUCUCUCCACAAUUUUGCUUCGUCCUUCACCAGAGCCCAGUCGUUUGCUGUGUCUAAAAUCGACAAUGAUAUCCACAGAGCGAGAUCGUUUUUUGUCGAGAAUAUUGACACUGACGCUGAUGACGAGUUGUUUGAUCCGGAAUUAAUGAUUCCAUCACAAAAAGGUGAACGUCUUUCCGUAGUAAUCCACGACAUCUCGUCUAGAAACCAGCUUUUCAUGAAUAAUGUCAACGAGUUGGACCAGAACAUCUCGCCCAACAACGACGUCUUCUACCACGAUGACAUCUUGUCCGCCUUGAACGAGUCCAGGUCGAGGCACAACUCGACCUACAAUACACCAGGUGCCAUCCCCAUUUCGAAAAAGCGUGUAUUACCUUCUCCCUCGUUCUCUUCUAUCCGUUCUGCGCUCUCAUUGGCCACAACAUCAGACCAUAUCAACUUGAAGAAAAUAGAGGACAAAGAUGGAAACGUCGUCACGGUAUUGGCCGGUCAAUCAACAGCACCCCAGACCAUCUUCAAUUCGAUUAACGUUCUCAUUGGAGUGGGCCUCUUGGCUCUUCCUGUAGGUAUCUUAAAAGCAGGUUGGUACUUCGGAAUUCCCAUCUUGGUCAUCUGUGGCUUGGCAACUUUCUGGACUGCUGGAUUAUUGUCUAAAUGUAUGGACACUGAUCCCACGAUUAUGACAUAUGCUGAUUUGGGUUAUGCUGCCUAUGGUUCCACAGCCAAGUUGUUAAUCUCGUUGUUGUUCUCUAUCGAUCUCUUGGGAGCCGGAGUUGCGCUUAUAGUCUUGUUCAGCGAUUCCUUGUACGCUCUUUUAGGCGACGAAGAGGUGUGGACAAGAACGCGGUUCAAGUUCCUCAGUUUUGUCGUCUUGACUCCAUUCACAUUCGUCCCUUUACCAGUAUUGUCAAUCUUCUCGUUGUUUGGCAUUCUCUCGACAAUUUCCAUCACUAUUCUCGUAGCAUUUUGUGGUAUCUUGAAAACCGAUUCUCCAGGCUCGUUGUUAGCGGUAAUGCCCACCAACAUCUGGCCGCAAUCGUUACCUGAUCUUCUUUUGGCCAUUGGAAUCUUAAUGGCUCCCUUUGGUGGUCACGCCAUCUUCCCUAACUUGAAAACUGAUAUGAGACACCCAUACAAGUUUGAAAAGACUUUAAGGUACACCUACAGCAUUACCAUGAUCACAGAUAUGGCAAUGGGUGUUUUGGGCUUCUUGAUGUUUGGCCACAAAUGUAGCAACGAAAUAACAAACACCUUGUUGUUAACUCUGGGAUACCCCGCAUGGUGCUAUCCUUUGAUCAGUGGGUUGAUCUGUUUGAUUCCCUUGGCCAAAACUCCGUUGAAUGCCAAACCAAUUAUCUCUACCUUGGACGUCUUGUUCAACGUGCAAGUUCCCAGCGAGCAUUUAUCGUUGAACUUGCUUAAGGAUGUCGGUAAGUUUUUCAUCAGAGUCGGAGUCAAUGCCGUCUUCGUACUCUUGGCCAUUUUGUUCCCUGAAUUCGACAAGAUCAUUGGCAUUCUUGGAGCUUCCAUCUGCUUCGUUAUCUGCAUCGUCUUGCCAUGCUUGUUCUAUUUGAAGUUGUGUUCAUCCAAGAUGGGAGCUUUGGAAAGAGUACUCAUUCAAUUUGUUGUAUUUUUCACCUCCAUCUUGGCCGUUGUCGCCACUUGGGCUGUCGUUCAGUUCUAGGCUGGCUAAUCUUUUUGCAUCUUUAUCUACUUAGUUAAUUUACAGUAUAGACCAUGGGAUCCGGGAAGCCAGGUCUUUAAACAAUUAGAGUCUAUAGAAUAAUAUCAAAACUCGUGCUCUCUAC